AUGAGUGUGCAUGUGACCCGGAGCCUCGGCCUCUGGCUUCAUCCUCUGCUCCUUACGGAGGGGACUUGGUGUAGCGGGUUUGGGGGCUCGCUCCUCACAUUGCUCCCUGCCCAGCUCUGGUCCCCCAAAGCUGGGGCCUUCCGUGUCUGCCGAGGGGGCCGGGGUCACACAGCCUUGGAAGAGGGGCUCCAGGUGUCCACCUACUGGAGGGCCAGUGUGCAGGAUGUGCUGACCCCCGCCAAGGUUCUACACUCCGACUUCCUUCCAGGGCUAGACGCCGGCCUGUCUGCUAGGGCUCCCCGUCUGCCCGGGUCUGAAACGUCCGUGGCAGCCCUGGGGGUGGCGGGCUGGUUCCAGGGAGGCCCCUCCUGGCUCAUCCUCACGCGGCACGGGGCGGGGGAGGCAGCCCUGCUGGGUCCCCCUGAGAGCACCGCCCAGGGUGGUGGGGUGGGGCCCGUGAGCCGGGGCCCCUCAGACAGGAAGCUGACUCCGCAGGUGGACAAGGGGACCCCGGACUGCUGGGCGGGGCUAUCAACGCUCCUGAUUAGAAACCACAGGCAGCACCGCCGGGGCUUCAUCAACAGCGCUAGUGCUGCGGAUGCAGGUGGCUUCCCUGGUGGUCCGGUGGUUACGGAUCUGCCGCCGAUGCAGGCGACAAGGCUCCAGUCUCUGCUCAGGGAAGACUGCACAGGCAGCAGGGCAGUUUGACACGCGUGUGCCACCACUGACACCCGUGCGCCCAGAGCCCACGCGGGGCGAGAAAGAAGCCGCCACAGUGAGCAGCCCCCGCAAGCGCAGCCAGAGCAAGGCCACGUGCGGCAAGGAAGACCCAGUGCAGCCGAGAAAUAAAUGAGAAACAAAACACAUGAGAACCACGUGUGUCUACAAUGUUUCUGUUGCUGUUCAGUCGCUCAGUCGUGUCCGACUCUUUGUGACCCCAUGAACCGCAGCACGCCA